AGGCACCACCUCCUUGUCGUGCUGCACUGGCUGCUGCCGCGCGCCGACGCGGCCUCGCUGCUGGCGGCCACCAAGGACGGCUGGCUGCCGCUGCACACCGCCUGCCGCUGCGGGGCGGUGGAGGAGGCGGUGGCCUACCUCAGGGCGGCGGAGCGGCUGGGGCUGCUGAGGGAGGAGGGGUCCCGGGAGGCUAUCCUAUCCGACCCGACGCCCUUCAACCGCUACUAUCGAGAUCACGGGGGUGUGCAGGUGCUGCAGCGGGCCUUGGAGCAGGUAUGGCCCGACCCCGCCCUCCGCCCCGCCCCGUGCUCAAAAUGGAAGAAGGCUGUCGAUCUGAAGAACCAUGCGGAG